AUGAUGAUUGAGUUUACAGCGCUAAAGAGGAUUUCAUCUUAUAUAGCCGAAAGCAAGCAACAACUAGCCUUAGAGGGUGAAGUCAAAAGCAUGGAUGUUGAAGCUAGUGAAGUUUCUCAAUCGAUAGGUCCUGGGAAGGACUUUGACCUAAUGCCACCUGAUAAGGGUCAGAAUGAAGAGCAAGACCAGAGGCUCGAUGCGAUCUAUGACGAUGAUCCUUUGGGUUUUAAGAAGUAUCCGCUAGCAACAAACAUUAAAAUGCUGGCUCAGGAUCCCCUCAAAGAAGUAGACUUGGGAGAGGGAGUGAUAAAAAGGCCAACUUACAUUAGUGCCAAUAUUCAUCCUCAACUCAAGGUCGAAGUGGUCCAGUUGCUGAGGGAGUUUAAGGACUGUUUUGCAUGGGACUAUGAUGAAAUGCCUGGUUUGAGCAGAGAGUUGGUCGAAUUGAAAUUGUCGAUCAAGCCUGGAAAGAAUCCUGUGAAGCAGAACCCAAGGCGAUUUGCCCCAACAAUACUUUUGAAGAUUAAAGAAGAAGUCGAAAGGCUCAUUCGCUGCAAUUUCAUUUGCACGACCAGGUAUGUCGAAUGGUUAGCUAAUAUUGUGCAAGUUGUAAAAAAGAAUGGUAAUUUAAGGGUUUGCAUUGAUUUUAGAGAUUUAAAUACUGCAACCCCAAAAGAUGAAUAUUCAAUGCCAGUAGCAAAAAUGAUAGUCGAUUCCGCUGCAGGCUAUGAAUAUUUAAGUAUGCUUGAUGGGUAUUCUGGGUAUAAUCAAAUAUUUAUUGCUGAAGAGGAUGUCUCGAAAACAGCAUUUCGAUGCCCUAGAGCCUUAGGCACCUACGAAUGGGUGAAGUUGUACUUCGAUGGGUCUAGUCACGAAGAUGGUACAGACGUAAGGGUUGUAAUUAUUUCUCCUAAUAACAUUUUAACAAGAUUCAAGUACAAAGUACAAGGUAUCUGCUCAAACAAUGAGGCUGAAUAUGAAGCCCUCAUAGCAGGACUUGAAAUAUUGUUGGAAUUUGGGAAAACUCAAGUCAAAAUAAUGGGUGACUCAGAGUUGGUCAUAAAGCAGAUCACAAAGGAAGAUAGAUGUAUUAAGGAGAAUUUAACUGUGUACUUCAUAAUAGUCAUUCGACUACUAAAAAGAUUUGAAAUGGCUACUAUUCGACACAUACCUCAACUAGAAAAUCAAGUGGCUAACAAUUUAGCUCAGAUUGCAUCCGGGUAUAAAGUUUCAAAAGAAAAUUUUCAUACAGUCAUUGAAGUCAGAGGAAAGGUCGUGGUAACCAGAUUAAUGCUCCUAGACUUAGAAAAGACAAAGCUGCGAUAUGCUGACGAAAGGAAUUUUGAAAUAUUGGCAAUAGACAAUUUGAUAGAUGAGGAUUGGAGGAAGCCAAUAGUGGUGUAUAUGCAGAAUCCAACGACGUCUACUGAUCGAAAAACAAGGUAUCGAGCAUUGAGUUAUGUUCUUUUGGGUAUAGAGUUGUUUAAAAAGUCUCUUGAGGGAAUUUUGCUUAAGUGCCUCAGUGAGUUAGAGGCGUACUUAGCCCUUUCGUCUGUACAUAGUGGAGCGUGUGGGGCACACCAAGUUGGUCAUAAGAUGAAAUGGCUUUUAUUUCGCAAAGGGAUGUAUUGGCCUACUAUGUUAAAAGAUUGUAUUGAAUUCACAAAGGGAUGCCAAGAAUGUUAG